AUGGCUGCCCGCGUAGCACGGCGGGUGGGGAAGAUCUCCGCCGUUGAUAGCACGCCGUUCGUCUCUGCACUCCUUUCUGAAGCCUUCGCAUGGCGUCGCACGUUUGUGUCGUCGCCAAUGUCGCCAGCAUCGUUAGCUUCGCCUUCGUCCCCCGUGAUGGCAGCGCCAGUAGGGGAAAGCGUGGCGCAAGCUACGGGAAGUUCCGUGCCAGCUGGGGAAAGCGCGGGGGAAAGCGGUGCGCAAGCGGUAGGGGAAGGUGGCGCAGGGGCAGCGGAAAGCAGCGCGCGAUCAGGGGGAAACAAUGCGCGGGCUGUAGGGGGAAGCGGCGCACGAACCAUCGGGGGAAUCACCGCGCGCACGGCAGGGGGAGGCGGCGCGCGCGCGGUGGUGCGCGUGGUGCGCGCGGACGGGAUGGACGUGGAGGCGCAGCUGCGGCUGGAGGAGAAGCUUCUCAGAAGCGACCCGACGAACAGCAACUGGUUCGUCUUCAAUGCUGACGUGGCAGCACCGACCAUCGUGAUGGGGAUUUCAGGCAAGCCGCACGAGCUGCUUCACACCGAGGCUGUCCUUGAGGCUCGGGUGCCAGUGGUCCGCCGGUUCAGCGGCGGAGGUACGGUGGUGUUGGACUCAGGCUCGGUGCUGACGAGCCUGAUCUGCCGGCGCAGCGCGGUGCCGAACCUGCCGCUGUACCCGCGGCCCAUAAUGGAGUGGACGGAAGGGCUGCUGCAACCCGCAAUGGCGAAUGUUCCGGGUUUUGCCUUGAGGGAUAAUGACUACGUGGUGGGAGAUCUCAAGGUGGGCGGCAAUGCACAGAGCAUCACGGGCAGCAGCUUUCUGCACCACACGUCGUUCCUGUGGGACUUCUGCUUGCACAGGAUGGCACUGCUGCGGCAGCCCUCGCGUGCUCCUGAGUACAGACAGGGGCGCUCCCAUGAUCAGUUUAUCACCAAACUAUGUCAAUAUUACUCGACAAAGGACGAAUUCUUGAGAUCUGUCCUAGUUGCUCUCGCUCUGCACUUUGAUCUGCGGGCAACUGCUCUCCACCAACUCCCUGCGUCCCGCCAAUCGUGGGGGACCGCGAAUAAACGCGUUUCUGCUCCCGGAUCGUUGACAUUGUUCAGGAGCCAUUAUCAUUCUUCUCGGCUCGUCGUCAAGGCUGCUGCCGCCAUGAGCCCGCUGUCAGGUAUCCUCGAAGGCCGAUCAUGUUCGAGCCUCGCGAAAUCGUUCGCGAAACAGCCUGCUCCUGUCACCCUAUUCGUUUCGCUAUUCCUCGCCGUGGGUGUCGUGGUCGCGGUUGGAGGAGUCAUGGUUACCAAUAGCGAUAGAAGCAGCAGCAGCAGUGCGAGGAAUGACCGUUGUCCGAGCUCCAACAAGCAUUGUUCUGCGAAUCCGGGACUCUCAACACCCGCUUCAGACGACAUGUUGCCAUUCGGCACACCAGCGGCGAAGACCAUCGUGCUGCCAGCCAAGGCGGGGAAGCAUGCGGCCACUGUGGUGUGGCUGCACGGGCUGGGGGAUACCGGCUACGGCUGGUCCGAUCUCUGCGAGACAGUUAACCUCCCACAUAUCAAGUGGAUUCUCCCCAGCGCCCCCAUCGCCCCUGUCACAAUCAAUGGUGGCAUGCCAUGCCCCUCAUGGUUCGACCUGUUUGGGCUGGACGCCAGUGCACGGGACGACGUGAAGGGCAUUGAUGCCGCUGCCAGAUAUGUGGCCGAGAUUCUGGAGGAGGAGAAGCGAGCCAACCCUGACGUCAAGUUUGCAGUGGGAGGCUUCAGCCAAGGGGGCGCCCUCUCCCUCUACCUCAUGUCCCGGAAAGUUCUGGGGAAGUUUGAGGAUGGUUCUGAUGCCUCGGCUGUACCACUCCAUGCCUCUGUUGCCUUCAGCGGCUGGCUGCCCAAGUGCAGUCUGAAGCCCGGAGGCAGUGCAGCAGUGGGGGAUGCGUCAGUGGCAGAGAAGGCGGCUGCCCACCCUUUGCUCAUGGCGCAUGGGGAAGCGGACAGCCUUGUGCCAUUCGCCUUUGGCAAGGGGUCGGCUCGGGUGCUGCAGGAAGCAGGAUUCUCCAACCUCACCUUCAAGUCGUACCGCGGCAUGGCCCACUCUGCUUGUCCAGAAGAGCUAGCAGAUCUCGAAGCCUGGCUGCAAAAGAACGUGCUGCUGCGGCUUUGGAGCAGAGUGCUGGGCGCACAGCCGGGGCAGCGCGUGCAGGCGGGCAGCAAGGAGCGUAGUGCUGCAGGGGGCGGGGCAGGGGAGCGGGGGAGGCGGGGCAGGGGAGCGGGGGAGGCGGGGCAAGGGAGCGGGGGAGGCUCGGCAGGGGAGCGGGGGAGGCGGGGCAUGGGAGCGGGGGAGGCGGGGCAGGGGAGCGGGGCAGGCGGCGCAGGGGAGCGCGCGAGUUUUACCUCUUACCCUCCUCCCUUACUCCGUUCCUUCGUUCCCCCAGUCGUCCUCCUCUUCCUCUCUCUUCCUCCCUUCCUCCAUCUCUCCCACACUCUCAGCCUCACUACCCUCUUUCCCCUCUCUGUCGCCCGUCCUCCCUCCCUCCCUUCCUCCCGUUCUCCCUUCCUGCCAUUCUCACAUUUCUUUCAUCCUCCCUCGAUCCAGACCCCUUCCUCUUUCCAUCUCCCGCUCUCCUACUCUCUUCCUCACUCCAACCCUGCGUGUCAGUUUCACCCUUUUACCUUCCCCAUUGUACCCGGUCACACUCUUUCCUCCCUCCUUCGUCCCUCUCUUUCUCCCUCUUUCCCCUUCACUUUCUCCCAUCCACCCUUCCUCUCAUCCCAAUGUCCUCUCAUCCGCCCUUUCUCUCAUCCGCCCUUUCUCUCAUCCGCCCGUCAUCCUCCCCUCCUCCGACCCAACAUCGUCUCCUCCUACUUCCCUUCCUUUAAUCAUCUAUUUCUCUCAUCCCAACCCUCUCUCUCCUCCCUCACCUCCUCUACUUCGUCACCACCUCUCCUCCCUCUUCGCCUCCCAUUCCACAUCUCCGCUGUGCAGAUUGUGGCAUCAGCACCCGGGUUUCAAGAGAGUUUCUGUCCCCUCUUGUUCCCAUCCCUCCAAUCAUUUGCUCCUCUUCACCCCAUCCCCUCCCUUCCCUUGAACGAGCGCGCUCAUUCCCCUCCCGUCACCCACUCACACACCCUCCCCUCGACCUACAAGUCGUUCUCCGCUUCCGUCGCAUACGCGUUCAUUUCCCCUUCCCUCAUCUCUGCAUUCCUCACCUCCCCUUCCCUCAUCUCCGCAUUCCUCACCAACCCUUCCCUCAUCUCCGCAUACCUCAUCUCCCCUUCCCUCAUCUCCCCAUGCCAUCCUAUCUCCAACUCCUCCCCCUAUCCCUCCUCUCGCAAUCCCUCCACUUCCAAAGCCAUCAUUUUCUCAUUCCCUCCCCUCCCCGCCCCGUUCCUCCAUGUCUCCCAUCUGCCGUACCUCACCUCCAUCUCACCCACCCAACCUCCAUCCUUGUUAUCUCCCUGCCACCCUUUCUCCUCCCCACCCUCCUCCCCAGCCUCUCUUCAUCCCCUCCCUUCUGCUUCUCCCCCAAGCGUCCUUCCUACCUCCCUUCCUCCCAUCAUCACUUGCUGUCUUCCUUCAUUCCUGCAUUCCUCACUUCCUCCCUUCCUCCCUUCCUCCCUUCCUCCCUUAUUUGCCAGUUUUCAUUCUUUUGCAUGCUUGCUUCCCUUAUACUUCAGCCACGUCACAUCUGACUUCUUGGUUUGUGUUUGGACAGGUCUGCUCUGCAUCGGGUUGUGA